AUGUGGGGUAGGUUCUAUUGGGGGAGGAAGGAGGAAGGGGGAAAGAAAGCAGUAGGGUUCGUGGUGCUCUUUGCGUGGCUCUCCAGCCAUGAGAAACAUCUGAAGCCGUACGUGGAUCUUUACUGGUCUCUCGGAUGGGGUAGCCUCGUUUGCCAUGUGGAUUUCCUCACUCUGUUUUUUCCUGAGAGGGCCUCAAAGCUAGCUCGAGUUAUUCUGGAUGAACUGAUUAAGGAAGUAAAGGUUAGACCAUUGCCUAUUGUACUCGUCGCUUUUUCUGGUGGAUCAAAAGGUGGUUUAUACAAGGUUCUUCAGUUGGUCGAGGGAAAAUGCCAAGGACAAAACAAUUUGCAGGAUGAUUAUCGGCUAGUGGGAGAGUGUCUCUCUGGACAAAUAUAUGACUCGAGUCCUACAGAUUUUACUUCUGAAAUUGGAUCUCGGUUUGUUCUUCAUCCAUCUAUUCUAAGACUUUCUCAUCCUCCAAGGGUGUUGAUGUGGAUGGCAAAAGGUUUUGCAUCUGGUUUGGAUGCUCUCUUUAUUAACAGAUUUGAAGCUGAUCGUGCUGAAUAUUGGCAGACUUUGUAUUCCUCAGUGUGCAUGGGUCCUUUCCUGAUUCUUUGUUCUGAAGAUGAUGAGUUGGUUCCGUACAAAAUUUCUUGGGGUUUUGCAAAACGUCUACAAGAGCUUGGAGGUGAUGUCAGCCUCGUAAAAUGGAGCAGCUCUCCUCAUGUUGCUCAUUACAGAUACCAUAGAGCUGAAUAUACAGCUGCUGUGACCGAUUUGCUUGCCAAGGCAUCUCUUAAAUUUUCCAGAAUGCGGCAACACCAUCAAACUUCUUGUAAGAAGGCAUCAGAUUCGGUGUGCAAUUCCCACGUUGCAGCUGUUAGCUCCUGUGAGAGCCUCAAAAGGUACGCUGCUCCCAUCAGCGCAAGUGACCAUUUCUUACUACCAAGCUCAAUGGAGUUUGAUGAAACCAGAGAUGGAGGGUCAUUGAUUGAUGUGUAUAAGGGAGAGCUUUUCCAGCUUCCAAGCAUCAAAACCCAUGGGGUACUUAGCCAGAUUCUUUUUGAUGUAUGUGUCCCAAAGAACAUUGAAGAUUGGGACAUAAAACCAGUCUCAUCCUUGAUCAAGAACCAUGUUUUUUCUACUGCGAUGCAUGGACCUUUCAACCCAGUUAAAUGCAUCAAACGUUCCAAGUUGUAGAAUUUUCAUAUAAAAUAUUAAUCAGUUAAAGGUCAGUCUUUUGCAUUCUCUGAUUGGUGUCAUGAGCUUUUAGAAUUGAAACAUCUAACAUAACUUCUUAAAUGUACGUGUUUGUUUAUGCUACCUCGGCAACAUUUCAUAGAAACACAAUCGCUCAAACUUCUACUGUCUUGUAAUGGGAAAAUUAUUAGGUGCGGAGAUCGGGCGUAGUGGUAUGUCCAGACAUCCACUUAAAAUUUGA